CCCCCCAAAAGUGUUCAAGACGAACAUGGCGGCAAUUUAACCCAGGUCCAAGAUGACUGUGGCCAUUGGGAGAAAAGAUCCAAGGCAUUCAACCCAGAUACGAACCGGAAAAAAUCAACUGGGGCACAAUCAAACGGAUUUUGCUUUCUCAUAAUUGAAUCCGGGAAACUGCAGCAGUAACGGCAACAGCACUGAUAAACUGGCCACAGCUGGUCUCUCUGCGCGCGAGCACCACCCCGGAGAGCAGAAGAGAGGGAGCGAGGCGCGAGGCAUGCGGUUACAGAGAACGUGGUUUCCCCCCGGAGAGCCAUGGAGAACCGGGAUGCGGCAGCGCGAGGCUUAAUCUGUGCGGGCGCGCUAAUUGGAUCGGAAUAACACACCGACGGCGUCUGGCGCGAGAGAGGAGAGCCCAGGACCGGCGGCGGCACUGCAGCCCACCGUUACCGAGGAUAAAUAACCAGAGUCCAUCUCCCAAAGUCAAUGAGUAUAGUGGCAGAGGAGCCCCCGCGGUGGAGUCGGCCAGAGCUGCGCUUUUCCUAAAAUAUGACCAGGGGUGCUUGGAUGUGUCGGAAGCAAGAUGACGGCUUAAAAAUCUGGUUUGCACCCCGAGAGAACGAGAAGCCAUUUACCGAGUCGGAGCGGGCCCAGAGAUGGCGCCUAUCGCUGGCCUCUCUUCUCUUCAUCACCGUCCUGCUCUCUGAUCACUUGUGGUUCUGCGCCGAGGCCAAACUGACGCGGACCCGAGACAAGCGGCAGGACAAGCGGCUCGCCUUUACGGACAUGGUCGAGUACCCAAACUCCACUCACCACCAUACCCCCUCCUCUGACCCCCAUUCCCCCCACGGCCCCCUUGCCAGAAAGCCAGAUGUUAUUUUUAUAGGGAAUUCUACCAAACAUCUGUGGCGACUGGACACCUGUCACCCGGACAGCUUGUCCAAAGACUGCUUCACUUUCACGGACGCAGAGCCCGUCUGCCUGGGCCUCUCCGGGGGCGGGGAGAGGACGCAGUCGGCGGACUUGAAUCUGAGCGAUUUGUAUCUUUCUUUUUGUAAUUCCUACUCUCUUUUGGAUUUGUUUAACGGGUUUACAAGUCCGGACAAUAUAAACUGCAGCCUGGACGUGGCUGAGGGUGACACGCUGGGAUGCAGCGAGUGUGUCCGGGUUUACCAGCGCUUUGACCGGCAAGCUCAGGAGGACUACCGGGAGUUUGAGCAGUUGGUUGAGAAAUAUGAGACUGAUGAAUACUCGGUCAGGACAUGUAUGGAGGAAUGCAAGAUGGUAUAUAAGCCCUGGCUGUGCUCACAGUACUUCCAGACCACACAGAUGCACUGCAGUAAGAGGAUCCCGUGUGGCCAGUACUGUCUGGAGGUGCAGCAGAGGUGUCCCUUCAUCCUUCCUGACAACGACGAUCUCAUCCACGGAGGAAGCCCCAGUUUUAUAUGCACAGGGCUGUUGGAGGAGUACCAUGGGGGCAUGGAUGCAGAUGCGGAGUGCUGUGAUGUUCGGUGGGACUUCCAGACAGAAGAUGACAACAACCAUUCCCGGGGGACCCUCAAAAGAACUCACCCAUCCUGUCACCACCGUACCUCUCUCAGUUCCUCGGCCGUGUGCAGAGUGUGCAACAGCCGGCUCAAACUCUGCCUGCUAGUCCUUGUCCUCCUGCACACUGUCGCCUCCCUAACCGCAUCCCACAAUGCAACAGGGCUGGGCCUCCCUGCCUCACUCGCCCCUCUGGAGGAGAGCUCCCCCGCCAACGAGGAGUGAUGGGAUGGCCGAUGAUAUAGGUUGUCACGACAAUAUGAAACAUCUCCACCUCGGUCGGGAAUGCUAUGUGCUGUUGGCUAGACGUCUGCAGCCGCUGUGCUUUCUGGGUAAUUGAGUCUUUGCAGAGGUGUUGGACUACUUAUAAAUGGAAGACAUGCAAAUCAAUCAAAGCAAACAGACUUACAAACAAAGAGACGAAAACAUGACAGUGUCGGGAAAAUGGGACAAUGCAGCAGCCUUUGUUGAGUAGGAAGGCCUCCUCACUGCUGAGUUUCUCUAGCUGCGCUUUUUUACACUGUUUCCCUGUUCUGGCUUUCUGUUGCACUGGCUGACUACCGGAUAACACUCACUGUCCACUUAGAAUGUCCAUCCUUUAUGUUGUUCCUUUAUGGGUCUCUUGUGCAGGAAGGAAAUGUCUCAUUGAUAUAGGAUAGAUAACAUCAAAAAGCAAAGUUGUGAGUGUGUGCGUAUUUGUGUGUGUGUGAUUGUGUGUGGGUGUCUACUCUGAAGUCUUCACUCAUUUGGGUUCCCAUUCCUAAAGCGGCUUUAGAUGUAGGAAAGGACACUAAAAUGUUAGAGUAGUAGUUUGCUCUCAUGGUUCUGUGUGGCUAAAUUGGUAGAGAAUGGUGUUUACACUGCCAUGAUUGUGGGUUCGACUCCCACGGGGGACCAGUAUGAAAAUGUAUGCACUUACGACUGUAAAUUGCUUUGGAUAAGAGCAUCUGCUACAAUGUAAACAAAUGAUCCUUGGUAAAAAUGAACGUACACCCAGACUACACUACUGGCCAGUGAUACAAUUGUAAUGCUUCUCAAUAUAGAAGACAACCCCUUGAUAUAGAAGUAUCCUACUAGCCUUUCUCUGUCCCUACCACACACUCUGUCCAUGCUCUGUGUCUUCUCAGCCCAGCACUCCACACAUAGAAGGUCUACUGUUUGUCUAAUCAAAAUGUCUUACCUCUAUUCUGUACUUGCAUGUGGAGGCUCUCUUAAUGAUGUGAAAUUCACAGCCUUUUUGGUUUGCUUUACAUAGCCUUAGCCCCCCUCUGUGGUAGAGAACACUACUGCACCCCCAAAACACCACCAGUAAGGUAGCAUGUCCUCUGCUUUCUUCAACUAAUGUUACUUAUCUCACAUUGUGUAAAGGGCUUAUUUCUAUAUACAAACACAGACAAAAAUGUGCUUGAGGUAUGGCUUCAGGUAUCUCAGUUCACACUGCAUGCUUAGGGGUAUACCUUCAAAGGUAUGCAUUUGCUUAAAAGGUGUUUAAUGUGUUGCUAUAGAGAGCGGGCAGGUGUAGGACCCCGUAUGUAGUAUGUUUGAGGAGAAACGUUGGGCGGCACAGUAAGGCUGAGAAGCUCAAUGGCAUUAUGUUAACAUUACUGUUAGCAUUAUGGUUAGUGUGAGCUGGAAGAAAAGGCAAUAUUUAAGGGCUGUUUUAAUCAUUUCUUGUCCCUUUGUUUUCUAGCUGAUUAACUGAACUGAUAGAUAGUGGUGUCAGGUAUUUUAGGCCUAACAAAUGUAUGCUGAAUGCAGAAUUCUCCACUUUCAUGUCUGUUGAAUAUAUAUGUUAGCCUCCUAUUGCUAGGUCCGGCUUGUCAGAUUCUACUCGUCAACUACAGGUCCCACAAAUUGAGAAACAAAUAGAAAACUGGUUCUCCUCUCAUUCAUUGUUGCAUUCUCCAUUGUGAGAUCUGUCUGUUUACUUGUUGUCUCACUCAUAGUCAUGCUGCAUUCACGACACUCGGAGUGUUGGGAUAUGCAACCUGUAGAGCAAUGGAGUUGUGUGCAUUCACAUGCUUUGAACUCGUUGAGAACACCAACAGGCUAACGUCAAACUAUCAACUUCAACCGUAAACAUACUUUCAUGCUCAAAAACAAAUUAUAGUAUUCAAAAACCAUCAUAUUGAUUGUUUUUGAUAAAUAAUGUUUUGUUGUUGCAUUUAACUGCCGAAAAUGCUGUCAUCAAAGUAUUUUCCUUAGGUGAUGUCAGAGUUCAGCAUGUCAUAGAAUUUGGGGUGCAGAGAUGAUACCUGAGUUGCAAGGUUGUAAUUAGGACUUGGAAGUUUAGAUUACUCCGAUAGGUUGUGAAUGCAGGAUCUGUUCAUUUGAACCCAUCAUCCCAUCAUUCCUGUUUCUUCUCUGGUUCCUUCAUCCCAUCAUUCCUGUCUCCUCUCUGGUUCCUUCAUCCCAUCAUUCCUGUCUCCUCUCUGGUUCCUUCAUCCCAUCAUUCCUGUCUCCUCUCUGGUUCCUUCAUCCCAUCAUUCCUGUCUCCUCUCUGGUUCCUUCAUCCCAUCAUUCCUGUCUCCUCUCUGGUUCCUUCAUCCCAUCAUUCCUGUCUCCUCUCUGGUUCCUUCAUCCCAUCAUUUCUGUCUCCUCUCUGGUUCCACCACCCCGUCAUUGCCGUUUCCUCUCUGGUUCCACCACCCCGUCAUUGCCGUUUCCUCUCUGGUUCUAUGGCCUGUAAUUCCAUAGGCCAACAGUAGAUGGGGCUCUUGAAUAGGUUUAUUUCAAGAAUUUAUUAUAAAUUAUUAAUUAAAGGUAGAAUGUCAAAUGAAAUCCUAGCAAGAUUGGACCACUGAAAGAUGGGGUCAAAGAUAGUCAAAGCAGAUGCAUAAGGAUACAGGAGGCUGAGGUCUUCGGAACCUAGUGAUAAUGGAGGUGUGUGUGUGUAUGUUCGAGGGGCUUCUGGUGGCUCACUAAUUAGUCAGGUUCAGCACAGAGCCAGUCUUCUCUGGAGACCUCAUUAGCAUGGCUGUGCCAAGGGGCCUGCAGGUGUGGCGGAAAUUUCCUGUUUUUAGAGCCCUCCGGAGACACAACAUUAACUAGCCCCAUUAAUCACUUCUUCCUCUUCAUCAGCACCUAACACCUACUGUAAGUCAGCACACCGCAUACAUACACCUUCAUCAGCAUUACACCUCUAUCAGCCUCUCAUCUAGACCUUCAUCAGCAUUACACCUACAAUAGAUCUGAACGUCAUCUUCUAGUAAACAGACUCGUUCUGUCCAUCUGAGAGAUGAGUGAAAAAGAGUUUGACAGAGAUUCAGAGGGAAGGUAGGGAUAUGGAGAAAAAAACAUUAACGGAGGAUGGAAUGAGAAAGAGAGGGAGGAGUCACAAAGUGUCAGAGGGGAGAGAAUGGAUGGUUGACAAAUCAAAAUGAACAACAGGGACCCUAGGCCAAACCCUAAAUCAGCGAGUAUAUGAUGUUACAGUAUGCAAGAGAAUCCCACACAUGGCCAGAUUAAAGCCAUGGCCCUUUUGGAGAGCUCUAAAUAGUAUGUCCUGAGAGAAAAGAGAUAUUAUCACCAAAUAUAAGACUAUUCUCAGCAGCUACAAUACCAUUUAGUAAAAGUGCCCUAAAAAGGCUUAUGUUAGCAUGUUAGCUUCAGUGCUACCCUACUGCAUCAAGACAAUCCUUAUACUGUAUCUCCUGACUCUCACUCUUAUGUGUGACCCAUACCCUGUAGGAGUCUAACACGUUAGUAGGCUACUCCACCAAAAUGAGGCCCAGGAAUGUUCUAGGAAAAUUGCAUCUUGUCUUGCUCUUGAUUUUUCCAUGUUCCAUAUCUGAUAUAAGGUCGAGAUCCAAUGACCUUAUGGACCUUGGUGUGAUCUGACCCUGAACCAGUAUACAUUACUAUAGCUUUACAUCAACACACUAAGUCAUGCACAUGUAAAAGUCCCUUUUACAUGCAGUAAUGCAUCAUGUACUACCAAUGGCUGUCCUGGCUGAUGACCACAGUAUGUGUUCUCCAUGCCAUCUUUCACUGACUGUGCCAUAGACUCACCAUAAACGUUACUGUACACAAGCUUUCUCCAAAUAAAGAUAGACGUUAUGAAAUUCCAUGAAUAUACGUUUUUCUAAUUUCGAUAUGGUCAAUGCAGGCAUGUAUGCAACUCUGCUGUGAUUUGCUAGGUUUGAUUCCCUAUUAUGCUAAUGUGGUUUAAGGCCCUAUCAAUUCAAUCUAGAUCACAAUGACAUUGAUGUUGUACUGUAUGUACUAUAGACCUCCAAAUGAGUACCAUGACCCAAUCUACAAGACAUCACAUUUAUAGUGUUGUGUUCAUUGCACAUAAUUAUGUGUUCUUAUCCUGUCCCACUCUCCCGCUUGUGCAGCUGCCUUCAUAUACAGUUGAAGUUGGAAGUUUACAUACACUUAGGUUGAAGUCAUUAAAACUAGUUUUCAACCACUCCACAAAUUUCUUGUUAACAAACUAUAGUUUUGGCAAGUCGGUUAGGACAUCAACUUUUUGCAUGAUACGAGUCAUUUUUCUAACAAUUGUUUACAGACAGAUUAUUUCACUUAUAACUCACUGUAUCACAAUUCCACUGGGUCAGAAGUUUACAUACACUACAUUGACUGUGCCUUUAAACAGCUUGGAAAAUUCCAGGGAAUGAUGUCAUGGCUUUAGAAGCUUCUGAUAGGCUAAUUGACAUAAUUUGAGUCAAUUGGAGGUGUACCUGUGGAUGUAUUUCAAGGCCUACCUUCAAACUCAGUGGCUCUUUGCUCAUGGGAAAAUCAAAAGAAAUAAUCCAAGACCUCAGAAAAAUAAUUGUAGACCUCCACAAGUCUGGUUCAACGUUGGGAGCAAUUUCCAAACACCUGAAUGUACCACGUUCAUCUGUACAAACAAUAGUAUGUCCGAAAAAAACACCAUGGGACCACGCAGCCGUCAUACCGCUCAGGAAGGAGAAGCGUUCUGUCUCCUAGAGAUUAACGUACUUUGGUGCGAAAAGUGCAAAUCAAUCCCAGAACAACAGCAAAGGACCUUGUGAAGAUGCUGGAGGAAACAGGUACAGAAGUAUCUAUAUCCACAGUAAAACGAGCCCAAUAUCGACAUAACCUGAAAGGUCGCUCAGCAAGGAAGAAGCCACUACUCCAAAACAGCCAUAAAAAAGCCCGACUACGGUUUGCAACUGCACAUGGGGACAAAGAUCGUACUUUUUGGCGAAAUGUCCUCUGGUCUGAUGAAACAAAAAUAGAACUGUUUGGCCAUAAUGACCAUUGUUAUGUUUGGAGGAAAAAGGGGGAUGCUUGCAAGCCAAAUAACAACAUCCCAACCAUGAAGCACGGGGGUGGCAGCAUAAUGUUGUGGGGGUGCUUUGCUGCAGGAGGGUCUGGUGCACUUCACAAAAUAGAUGGCAUCAUGAGGAGGGAAAGUAUGUGGAUAUAUUGAAGCAACAUCUCAAGACAACAUCUCAAGACAUGGAUCUUCCAAAUGGACAAUGACCCCAAGCAUACUUCCAAAGUUGUGGCAAAAUGGCUUAAAGGACAACAAAAUCAAGGUAUUGGAGUGGCCAUCACACAGCCCUGACCUCAAUCCUAUAGAAGAUUUGUGGGCAGAAUUGAAAAAGUGUGUGCUAGCAAGGAGGCCUACAAACACCAGCUCUGUCAGGAGGAAUGGGCCAAAAUUCAUCCAACUUAUUGUGGGAAUCUUGUGGAAGGCUACCCGAAACGUUUGACCCAAGUUAAACAAUUUAAAGGCAAUGCUACCAAAUACUAAUUGAGUGUAUGUAAACUUCUGACCCACUGGGAAUGUGAUGAAAGAAAUAAAAGCUGAAAUAAAUCAUUCUCUCUACUAUUAUUCCGACAUUUCACAUUCUUAAAAUAGAGUGGUGAUCCUCACUGACCUAAGACGGAAUUGUUACUAGGAUUAAAUAUUAGGAAUUGUGAAAAACUGAGUUUAAAUAUAUUUGGCUAAGGUGUAUGUAAACUUCCAACUUCAACUGUAAAUGUCUCUCUUUCUUUUUCUUUCUCUCUCUUUUUAGCCAUGUUUUUGUUAUGUCCUGUGGAUCUAUGCAGAAGCCCAUUCCUUUUUUUGGUUGUAAAUAUGUUCCCUCGAAUAUUGAACGAUGUAUCAGUUAUGUCUUUGCUUCCAGGUUAUCUUGCGUUUUGAGUUGAUGUCAUAUUUCUUUACUCUUCUUCUUUUAUUGUUUCCCCUUGAGCGUCUGAAAUCAUUUGUUGCGUUUUUGUUGAAGUAAGAAGAGAAUGCGAUGGGGCUUAACCAAUAGAAUUGGCCUCAGAUUCACAUCUUUAUUGAGAGAGGAUAUGGGACUGUGUGUGUGUGGGAGAGAGAGAGAGAAAGAAAGCUAUAUGAUUAUUAAAAAAGGUUCAAAGGCAUAUAGAAGUAUCAUUACAGUUAUGGUUAUUAUGAUUACUAUUAUACUACCGGUAUAUUGUAAUAUUAUAGAUGCUUUAGUUCAGUAACUUCUUUAAUUUUUUUUACAAACGACUUUGAUGAAAUGAUUUAUAAAACAAUCUCACAAGUCAUGAUCUUUUGGAAAAGUAUCAAAACUACUGCUACAAUGAUGAAAUUGUCUUCUGAUUCAAAUAAAUGCAGACAUAUAAUAUGUU